CAAUAGCAAAUACAUAAAAUACAUUAAAUAAACUAAUUAUUAUUUGUAAUUUGUACAUUGUCCUUAUAUAUUUUUUCCUUCCAUUAUUCCGUAAAUUUUCCAUACAAACAAUAAAAUAAAUUCUUUUUUUCAAGCCCUCCACUAAACAAUUCUCCUCUCUUUUCUUUAUUUCUCUCCCCUUUUUUCUCCUUUUAUGUCGGUAUCACGCCCAAUCUUUAUAUUUUUUAAUAUUUUGAGAGAGUGAAUAUCGAUUAAGACAACCACCGAUUUGCCCUUCCUCUGCCCUUUACGAAAUAAUUAUUUAAAAGUGCUUUUAUUCAAAUCCCUUUUUCCCUUUAAAGUCCAUUUAAGUGCAUUUCUAAAUUAUUUUUUAAGAGAUUUUAAUAAGUCAACAACUUAAAUAAUAAAUAAAAACAUUGUUUUUGAUCAAACAAAGGGCCGUUAUUUGAAUUUUUUAAUUUAAAUAUUUUUGGCGUUUUGUAUUUUUUUUUGAAAAUUGUAAUUAAAUUAGAGAUAAUGGGAAAAUAAGAGAGUUUUCUCUGAUUUUUUUUAAAUUUUUAAAAUUUAGAAUUUUCUACCUUCUUUGUUCUUUUUAUUUUUGAUUGGAUUUCGUCAUAAUUUUAAUUAAUUUUUUUAAACUUUUCAGAUAUUCAUAAUUCAUUUUUUAACUUAUUUGAACGCGUUUUGUUGCGCUAAUUGACUAAGAAAAUUUGAGAAACUAAAAGCUUUUAACAAAUUAAAAACAACAAACAACAAAAAAUGAGUCGCGGCACAAAGCAAUUACCGCAAAAUGGAAAUUCUUCAAACCAACAAUCACCACAAAGCAGUGUUCGGAGAGGAAACAAAACUUUGGGAUGGUAUAUGAGUGGUUUGGAUGCUUUGGAUGGAGGGAAGAAGGAAGUUAAUAAAUCACAACAGCAACAUAUGGUCGCUCAACGCAAAGCAUCUCUUCAAGAUGCAACAACAAAAUCAGCAGUAAAUAAUGAAAUAGAGGAUCAACGCAAAGCUCGUUCUAAACAACGUUUUGUUGGAAAUCAAAUUAAUGGAGGUCGACAGAGGGCAAAUUCUUCCUCUUUGUGUGCUCCAAAAUCGACACCAGCUAGAAGACAACAAACUAGCGGUCAGUCUGUUGGGUCGAAAGAACAAAUUGAUGUGAAAAAGGCAAAUGCUAAAUUUCUGAGUGGCAAAGAGAAUUAUUGGUAUUAUGAUCAUGUAAGUAAUGGUUAUUAUUAUGAACAUAACGGCACUCGUGGUUGGCGUAAAAAUAAUCCAAAAAUGGAGAAUUUACUUCGAGGAAUGGAAGAAGCACAAAAAUUGGAACAAUUAAAAAUUCUUAAACAAAAGAAAGAACAACAAUCUUUACUCGAUUGUAGAAAUAAUUUGCCUUCUUUAUUAAAUAGCCAACAAUUGUCGAAAUUAAUUCCACAAGCAACAAUGUCUUCUACAAAUACAGCAACAUCUAAUGCUUUUAAUAAUUCUCCAAUGGCGAUUAAAUAUUAUGACAAUGAUGGCUAUUUUUAUGAGAUGGGAUCUGUUGAUGGAUGGCGUCGUCGUCCACCAGGUGCAACCCCACCAGGUGCUACUUCUCCAUUUCAAAAAAAAAGAGGUGGAGGAAAUGUCAAUAUGUCUGCCACACAAAUAUAUGACCAGCAAACACCGCGUCGAAAACCAUUGCAUUAUCAAUCAUAUCAACAACCAGCUCCACAUUUGGGGGGUUUAGAUUUGCAAGAAGUUGCUGCAGCAGUUGCUAUUGCUCAACAACAAAAUAUUAAUCACCAACAGAAUAAUUGUUGUGGUGGGGGGUCAGUUGCAUGUUGCUGUCUUACAGCAGCAAUAGCUGCUCAAUUGGUUUUGAAACAACAACAACAAAUGAUGGCUGCUAACAAUAAAAGAGAAAAUAAGAUGAAAUGUUCUUCUGAUAUUCACUCAUUGAUUGAGGAUUCAAUAACCAAAACACAUGAUUUUUCUGAAUUAAACACACAAGCAGCGCUUAAACGUUUGGCUGGAAAUAUUUCUCAACCCAUCUCUUUGGGCACAAAUUGGCAAGUUCCAUCACAACGUUCAAAAUGGAGUUCGCCUAUUAAUGAAGAAAAGACUACUCCAACAACAAUAACUGGAAGUGGUAAUGGUUUAGUUGUUGGAUCGUUUGAAGAACCAUACGAAUUUUAUUGGAGUGGAGAUGAAGGAAAUAAUAACAACAAUACAACAACAGCAAUUACAACACAUACAGCAGCUUCAAUAUCUUCUGUAGAGGAUGAUCCUGCUGAUGAAUUGGGAAUUGAGGCAAAUGCUUUACUUCAACAGAAACGUCCUUCUAUUGCGCCAAUUGGAAGUGAAGCUUUUGCAGCACAAGAAGCGAAGAGAGCUAGUUUGGGAUGUGUUGUGACUACAAUGGGGACGACUAAAUGUAACAAUACAAAUGUGACGAAGAGACCAGAUAGUUUGAGAUUGGCUCCGAAAACAAUUCCAUCUGCUUACGAAUCAAUUAGUCCUGGUGAAAUUCUUCGUAAGAAUAACAACAACAACUUUGGUGGUGAAUCCCAGCCUUCUCAACGUGAUUUUGAUGUUGACAAAUUUAUUGCUGACAGUAUUCCAAUGCCACUUGAACCUGAACGUUUAUUAAAUUCUUUGAGAAAUCCUCAACGAACUCCACAUGGACCACUUGUAAUGCCGCAUUCUUUUAUGAAUAACAACAACAACAAUACUAAUGAACCGAUUACUGCUGAUUCUCCUCUUUUUACUCCAAUAUUGCCUGGAAAGAAUCCGUGGUCAUCUACAUACAGGACUUCCCAUGCAAAUCCUUGGGCAUAUCCUUAGUGUGGAUGUUUUGUGUUAGAUUGAGAAAAAAAUAUUUUUUGAAUUGAAACAACAACAAAAAAGCGUAGAUUUUUAGGACGAAAAAUCCCUUUGAACAAAAAAUUAUUCACAGAUAUUCCAACUCUACUAAUUAUGUGUACUUUUAGUUUUUAGACAUAUUCCUCUCUACUAAUGUAAAAUUCUUUUAAAAAUAUAUGGUCAAAUUUUGAGAGUUUUUUGGUUAAAUACAUCUAUAGGUUGCCUACCUUUAGUAGAAAAAAUUGGUUGAUUUUUUUUCAGAUAACAUUUUUGAGUGGAAAAAUAAACUAUUUUUGAUUUUAGAGAAUUUAGGGGCUCUAAGUAAAUUUUGUUAAAAUACUUUGGAUAGCUGAACUAGGAAUAAUUGAUAAAAACUAUUUAUUUGACCAUAUAUUUUUAAGGUAUUUUCUCUUUUUAGAAAACUAAAAAAAGGAAAGGAUAAUUUACCACCAACUAUCACAAACAAAUCGUCCAGUUUUCCAUCUUUCAUUUUGUUAGCGCCAUCUUUAAAUUUUUUUUGUUUUAUUAUUAGCGGUGUUGUGCUAUAUAUUAGUUAUAAAAUAACCCUUCAGAUUUAGGGUUUUUCUCUUCUUUUUUUUUCAAAAAUUUUAAGAAAAGCUUAUUAUAAUUCUGUUGUUUUCCUUUACAUACAUUCAUUUCAUUCUUCUAUAUAUUUAUUUAUCAUUACUCUCCCUCUCUCCUCUAUAUCCCCCUUAAAUUCUUUAUCCAUAUAUUUAUUCCGUCCCCAUUUUUUGCAUUUUUUUAAAUGAAAAAAACACCGAUUUUGUUGUGUGUGUUGUAGUUUUAGUUAAAAAAUAUAUAUUUAUUUAUCAAUGUUGUCAAAACCCGGGGAAUUUUCUUUUAAAAUUAUUAUAUAUUUUGAAUGUUUUUUUGAUAAAGAAAGAAAAAAUAUGUAGUUUAGUUUUGUUUUUAAUUGAAAUUAGGGUUCAAAUGUUGAUGACAGACACUCAUUUCUCCAAAAAAAGUAUUUUGAGAAAGUAUGCGAAAAU